AUGCGGGAAAGGGUUGGUUUAUGGUUAACGUUAGGCUCAUUCGAACCUCACCCGUUAGUUAUAUAUUCUUCCUUCUCUUCCACCCACCUUUCCACCCACUCAUCCUCCUCAUCCUCCUCUACAUCAAUCAUCUCCCCGUAUCAAGUUCAAUCCGUGAUACCCCAAAUACAAACCAUGAAGUACUCUCUCGCUCUCCUCUCCCUCGCCGCGGCGGCCGUUAACGCCCACUUCUCCCUCACCUACCCUACCUCCCGCGGGGACUCCGAUGAGACACAAGCCGAAAGUCCUUGUGGUGGCCUCAACACUCCCUCCUCUGAGCGCUCCAUCUGGCCAGUCACCGGCGGCACCAUCAAAUUUGAAGCCGGCCACGACGAAGCCAAGACUGCCGUCUAUCUCGCCAUUGGCAACAAUCCCGCCGUGAAUGACUUCAACAUCACCCUCUCGCCUGUCUUCAUGCAAAUGGGGCUAGGGACUUUUUGCUGGAACACCCUGAGUGUUCCUGACGGGACUCCGGGCGUGGCCGAUGGUGUCAAUGCCACUAUCCAGGUCGUGCAGGCAGGCCAUACGGGUGGAGGACUGUACAAUUGCGCGGAUAUCACCUUCACCAAGGACCCAGUGAUGUUAACACAAGACUGCGUGAACGGGACCGGCGUCAGUGCCGAAGCUAUUGCAUCCUCCUCCUCGACCGCCUCUGCUUCUACCACCACUAGCACCUCGACAUCGACAUCGACAUCUACCUCCACCAGCUCCACUUCUUCCUCCCCCGACGCUGCCCAGAGCUCCAGCGCCGCGGCAGUGAAGCUUGCGGCCGGCGGUAGCGUGCUGUUUGCAGGUCUGUUGGCUGCGUUGGCUUUGUAG